AGGAUAUAAAUGAGCAAGUGUAGGUUGCCAUCUCCAGAGAAACCAACACAACCCAACACAUCUGCUGAGAUUACCGUUCAUCCGUGAGCCAUGAGGGUGGUCAACAUUGGACCAGAUCCAUCCCUGGCAUAUCGGCCAAACUUGGAAGACUCCAAGGAGAAAGAAGAUUACAGAAACUUUGUGGAUGGAAGUCUCUUCAACAGAGUCUUUAAAACGUACAGCGUGAUGCACACCAACCAGACGGUGGACUUCGUACAACGAAAGCACACCGAAUGGACCCCCUGCAACCACCUUCAGAUGGGAAUGAUGGACGCCAUCAUGUCUCUGGACCAGCUGGUGGACGAGUCGGAUCCUGACGUCGACUUUCCCAACUCCUUCCACGCCUUCCAGACCGCCGAGGGCAUCCGCAAAGAACACCCAGACAAAGACUGGUUCCAGCUAGUGGGGCUGAUCCAUGAUGUUGGGAAGAUCUUGGCCUUGUGGGAUGAGCCGCAGUGGGCUGUAGUGGGAGACACGUUCCCUGUGGGUUGCAAGUUCCAAACCUCCAUAGUGUUCAGAGACAGCACCUUCCAGGACAACCCAGAUGAGAAAAACCCGAGAUACAAGACUGAAUAUGGGAUCUAUGAACCCAACUGUGGUCUCGACAACGUGCUGAUGUCCUGGGGUCAUGACGAAUAUCUCUACAGGGUCAUGAAGUUCAACAAGUGCCCCAUCCCCGAGGAGGGGCUGUACAUGAUCCGCUUCCAUUCCUUCUACCCCUGGCACUCUCACGGAGACUACACCCACCUGUGCAACGACAAAGACCUGCAGAUGCUGCCCUGGGUCAAAGAGUUCAACAAGUUCGACCUGUACACAAAGACCACCGAGCUGCCCAACGUGGACGAGCUGAGGCCUUACUACCAGUCUCUGAUCGACAAAUACUGCCCGGGAGUGCUGCAGUGGUGAACCGCGGACGUCUGCAAUAUGAUUACCAAGUGUAAAUAUGAGUGACUCAAUGUUUUAUCAACACUUAAGCUGGACUUAGUGCUUUUUGGACACGCAAGAUUAUCGCCGCUUGCUUCAAGGGACUCUUAAACCCCCGCAGGACGCGUCAAAAGGAAACUCUUCAAAUCUCACACAAUGAUUGCAGUUAUAGACCGACGCAUGUACAAACCUUUUUUUGUUUUAUUGUAUUUUCACAAUUAAAAAAAUCCAUAUAAAACUUC